AUGGCCGCCACAAAAUACUUGUGUAAUUUGUGGAGGAGUCUGUGAGCUGGUGAACUUCAGACCAUGGAAUUCAAGAAUCAAGCCAAUCCAGCUCAGGAAAAUCUCCAUGAGAGCAAAGAGUGUUACCAAAGAUGGCGGUGCUACUUGGUUCCGGAGCUGAAGUUCUACCUCAUGGCUAUUCUAUAUGUCAUGAUGUUCUCCCAUGCAGUGGCAUAUGAUCCGUUGGAUCCAACUGGAAACAUAACGAUCAAAUGGGAUGUAAUGUCUUGGACAGCAGAUGGUUAUGUGGCUGCAGUGACAAUGAACAACUUUCAAAUGUAUCGGGGCAUCAUGAGCCCCGGGUGGACUCUAGGAUGGAAUUGGGCUAAGAAAGAAGUAAUCUGGACGAUGGUAGGAUCUCAAACCACAGAGCAAGGUGACUGCUCCAAGUUCAAAGGAGGCGUACCUCACUGCUGCAAGAGGAAUCCCACAGUAGUUGACUUUCUCCCUGGAGUUCCUUACAAUCAACAGUUCUCCAACUGCUGCAAGGGCGGUGUGUUGGCAGGUUGGGCACAGGAUCCUACAAGUUCUGUUUCUGCGUUUCAGGUGAGUGUUGGGCUCGCUGGAACUUCUAAUAAAACAGUGAAGCUGCCCAAGAACUUCACCUUGCUUGGUCCGGGUCCAGGGUACACUUGUGGACCUGCAAAGAUCGUGCCAUCCACGGUCUUUCUCACGCCUGAUCGCAGGCGGAAAACUCAAGCACUUAUGACAUGGAAUGUUACAUGCACUUAUUCACAGUUUCUUGCCUCUAAGAAUCCUAGUUGCUGUGUUUCCUUUUCAUCCUUCUACAAUGAUUCAAUCACCCCUUGCCCAUCUUGUGCUUGUGGUUGCCAGAACAAAAAAAAUUGUAUCAGGAGCGAUUCAAAGCUGUUACACAAGGCAGGGAUAAACACUCCAAAGAAGGACAAUACACCAUUGCUGCAGUGCACACAUCAUAUGUGCCCUAUACGGGUGCACUGGCAUGUGAAGCUCAACUAUAAGGACUAUUGGCGUGUGAAGGUUGCCAUUACUAAUUUCAACUACCGGAUGAACUACACACAGUGGUCACUUGUGGCGCAGCAUCCCAAUCUCAACAAUGUCACCCAAGUCUUUAGUUUUGACUACAAGCCUCUUGUCCCCUAUGAAUCCAUAAAUGAUACUGGUAUGUUCUAUGGCAUGAAAUUCUACAAUGACCUGCUAAUGGAAGCUGGGCCCCAAGGAAAUGUCCAGUCUGAACUGCUUAUGCAGAAGAACAAGGACACAUUUACAUUCAAGAACGGAUGGGCAUUUCCUCGGAAAGUCUACUUCAAUGGCGACGAAUGUAAGCUUCCCCCACCUGACACAUACCCAUUUCUACCAAACUCUGCUUAUGCAAAGCCAGUCGCAAUUUCAACUCUAGCAGCCUCCCUGUUCUUGUUAGCAUUGGCCAUAUGGUGAUCACUAGUUUAUGGGGGCAUCGAUGCUUUCCUGAAAUUUUUAAUUGAGUCUCGACCAUCACUUAUAACAGGUACAUAUAUCACACAUUUUAGUGCAGAUCUUUUUCUUUCAUGUAACAUAAGAGUUGAUCAUGUAUUUGGAAUUUGGUAAUGAAAAUGGAGAGCAGCAAGGUAUGAGAAAUCGAACGAAAUCAUAUAUCAACUAUGAUAUCUUCAUCAAAUUCCUUA